CAAGUGACCGUGGGUUUUGGGUAAGCCACUGGUCAUCCCUCCCCGUUUGGUUCCCUAGAAAACCCAAUAGAAAAUUGCCUCCAUUUUCUCGUUCCCGCACUCCAUUUUCUCAGCAACCAAACAGAAAAUUUGAUUGCAUACCCACUUCGUAAAAAUGCAGUCUUUAAGCGCGAGCAUCCGAUUGGUCCGAAGACAGAGAAUAGACAGCUCAAAAAUUGCUCAUUUUAGAUCAAUCGGAGCUUACCAAUGGAGCAGCGGUUCUGGGUUUAGCUCGUCGGCGUCGGAUCGUUUGGCGUCUGCCAAGAAAUUGGGGGAUUCUUCGGGGUUGGGGUCUCUGAAAAGUUCCUUGUUUCAGUCAAUUUCCAAGUUUUCGUAUCGGUCUUCGGCCUCGUUCACUACGACUAGCUCUCCAAGUGAGACAUCAACUUGUUCGUGUAGUUCCAAGUUAGUCAAGAGUGCUCGACCAGGAUUUUGUCGAUGUGCGGCAGUUUUACCUCCUUUCCCAAGCAGGUGCAUUACAACAGGGGCAAAUCCUGUUCAAUCAGCUACUCAAGAUUCAGGAAUGUAUGAGUCUGAUGUAGCUCCUCGCAUCAAAUUCAAGAGGCUUGAUAAAACUGCUCACCACAUAAUGCAGAUUCUAGAUAAGGAAGCUGUAGAGGAAGUGAGGACACAGAGAGAAAUACCGGAUGUAAGGCCCGGGUACAUGGUGCAACUCAGAGUGGAAGUACCCGACAACAAGCGACGUGUUUCAGUUGUGAAAGGCGUUGUGAUAGCUAGACGUAAUGCUGGUCUAAACUCUACAAUUAGAAUCAGGAGGCAAGUGGCUGGGGUCGGGGUUGAAUCUCUCUUUCCACUGUAUUCGCCUAAUAUAAAGGAGAUUAAGGUGCUGGACAAGAAGAAAGUGCGGAGGGCGAAGCUGUACUAUGUCAGGGACAAAAUCAAUGCAUUUAAGAAGCAAUCGUAGCCGAUGGGAUCAAAAGGAUGUUGCCUGACGAAGAUGGUUCCCAUGUAUGACUUGGGUCAGAAAUCCAGCAAAAUUUUUGGUGAUCUCUUUUCCUCUUAUUCUUUUUCUUUUGAACGCGUUAUUAGUCUGUGAAUCUUCAUCAAGUCUUUGAGACUCUGAGAUGCCUGGUAGAGAUGUGCGAGUUCAAUUGAAUACCGGGCAAGUUACCUGAAUAUUUUACUUUCCGAUUUAGUAUGUACUCAGGUUUAUGAAUGUUAUCAAGUUGGCAUAAAUGUGAUUGCUACACUCGUAGGCUGUUUUAUCAUUUAUUUUACUUUGGUUAGCUUCUUCUGUA